ACCCUUCAGGACAAUACAGGCAUAGACAUAGACAACCUUCAAGGAAACUUGGGGAACAUUAGGACACCCUCCAGGAGGACAGUGCUCCCAUGGACAGUCCCUCAAGAGGGCACUUGGGGAGGCCAAGGGUUGGGGACAACCCUGGCCACCAACUGUCACCUGUCCCAGCCAUGGAGGGGGUUCCAGCCUGUCUGUGGCUCAGGGGACAAUCCACCUUGGUGGCCGUCUGUCCCCACAGACGUUGCCUACCUGCGCUCCGUCCUGCCCAGCACCACCGAGGACGCCUUCUUCGACUACUUGGCCACCCUGGACGCCUCGGAGGUGACACUGACCGCCGUGCCGGAGGGCUCCGUCGUCUUCGCCAGGGUCCCGUUCCUACAGGUGAAGGGGCCGCUGCUGGUGGUGCAGCUGCUGGAGACCACGUUGCUGUGCCUGGUCAACUAUGCCAGCUUGGUGGCCACCAACGCUGCCCGCUUCCGCCUCCUCGCCGGCCCGGACAUGAAGCUGAUGGAGAUCGGGCUCCGUCGCGCUCAGGGACCGGAUGGUGCCCUUUCAGCCUCCAAAUACUCCUACAUCGGGGGCUUCGACUGCACCAGCAACAUCCUGGCGGGGAAGCUCUACGGCAUCCCGGUGCGUGGCACCAUCGCCCACUCCUUCAUCAUGUCCUUCACCUCCCUGGAGGAGGUGAGGCCCAGGGAGCUGCCACCACUGGCAGGAGGAGAACCAGUGGAUCUUCCAUCCUUGACCAAGCAGUGGCUGCGGAGGGUGUGUGACCUGCUGGGGACCCCCCUGGAGAAGACCAACCAGGGCGAGCUGGCCGCCUUCGUGUCCUACGCUGUCACCUUCCCCCAGGACUUCCAGGGGCUGCUGGACACCUACUGCGUCAGGAGGAGUGGUUUGCCCAACUUCUGCGCGGUGGCGUUGGCCCUCCACCAGUUGGGCUACCGGGCCAUCGGGGUGCGCCUGGACAGCGGGGACCUGGCCCAGCAAUCCAAGGAGAUCCGCCAAGUCCUCCGAGCCUGCGGUGCUCACUUCCAGGUGCCCUGGUUUGAGACCAUCCCCAUCGCCGUCAGCAAUGACAUCAGUGAGCAGAGCCUGGAGGAGUUCAGCCGGGAGGGGAGCGAGAUCAACAUGAUCGGUGUCGGGACAAACCUGGUGACGUGUCCCCUGCAGCCAUCACUGGGCUGCGUUUACAAGCUGGUGGAGGUCAAUGGCUCCCCAUGCCUGAAGCUCACAGAAGAUGAGGAGAAGAUGACCAUCCCAGGGUCCAAGACCAUCUAUCGGCUCUAUGAUGCUGCCGGUCACCCCUUCAUGGACCUCAUGGCUCUGGAGGAGGAGCCCUCACCCAGUGCGGGGCAGGAGCUGGCGGUCCGUGUCCUGGGGCAGCUUGGUGAGACCAGCAAGGUUGUGCCCACCACCGUGGAGCCCCUCCAUCGCACGUACUUCAGAGAUGGCCAGGUGUGUGAGCCACUGCCCAGCCUGAUGGAGGUGAGGAACCACGCGCAGGUGUCCCUCAGCCUUCUCAGUCCCGCUCACCGCCGGCUCCGUGAGCCACAGCCCUACCCGGUGGCAGUGACAGAGAAGCUGCACCACCUUCUCACCAAGCUGCGGCAGGCCAGCCAGUGAGGAGGUCCCCACUUGUCCCCUGUGGUGUCCACGCUGGGGACAACCCCUGCCAAGGACCAGCUCUUCUUCUAUCCUUUUUUGAAGACCAGAUGACUAAUUGGGAAUCAAUGGUUCUAAUGAUGCUGCUGCUGCCCCGAGGUGCCGAUCCGAGGACCCUGCAGGAACUGGAAGUGCUUCCUGGGGUCUCAGUAGCAAAGCUGGGCACAGAGGGGAUGGGGCAGGUGGAGCUGGGAUGCAAAGGUCUCCACAACUUCUGGAGAUGAUGCUCCUUCCCUGCCUUCCUUGGUUGCCCUGUGCCUUCUACCAUGGCAGCUCUGCCCACCUCAGUGGCCCUGCCAGCACUGUGCCUUCUACCAUAGU